GUCCGAUCAGACUUUACACCCGCAGAAUCAGCCGCCGUAACUAGUCCCCCGACAAGCCUCUGUUUCCCACCGGGACCAAAGACCAUCUCGGAUUUCCUCUUCUCAAAAGUCUGAAACUCUGUCCUCUUUAGAAUUACCAAUUCCGCGCUCGAUUUCUGGUUCUUCGUUUCACUUCCGCGCAGCUCGAAGUCUUCCCAUCUUUAUUCGCUUAACUUUGCUGCCGAAACCGCCGCACCCCACAGAUCGCGAAGAGGCCGGACGGCUGCCCGGUUUGUUCGCCGGAGUAGGCAGCAGACGAAGAACAGCCGACGCAUGUCUCGCGGCAAGAGCAGAGACUGGAGUCCUCUACAUUACGAGGCUUCGUUUCUGUUUAUGUUCAGCCCAUUAAACUUUGAAGCUCGGAGGGGAGGUCUUCAAAAUGUAUCAUGGUUCCAGUUUCUUCCCAAUGAAGCUGAGUUGAACUCCGUAGCUGAUAAGAGUGUAAAAAUGGAUCAAAAAGAUGCUGCUACACGGCUGGUGCUUUCAUCCCAUUUGCAGCUGCAGAAGGAGGGAUUUCUCAGUACAUGGACUAAUUCUUUUGUUGGACCUUGGGAUCCAUCUCAAGGUUUACAUAAUCCUGAUGAGAAAAUCAAGCUUUGGCUUUUUCUUCCUGGGCGCCAUUCUUCUGUUGCCGAGAGAGCUCAGUCAGCAGUUUUUAAACUAAGAGUUGUUGCAUCUGGAAUCUGGGUAGCCCCUGGGGAUUCUGAAGAGGUUGCUGCUGCUCUUUCUCAAUCUUUAAGGAAUAGCAUAGAAAAGGCACUUUUUGGACUUUCUUACGUGCGAUUUGGAGAUGUGUUUUCAAAGCAUCGUCCAGGCCAAACUGAAGCACUGUACAGAUCGAACUCUGUUGAUGCAACAACCGCUUUGAAGCUCAUCUGGUCAGAAACUGGGCUUGAGUUAAUCGUGAGGUCACAUCCAGAAGCUCUAGCUAACGGGAUCAACGAUCCAUUAGCUGAAGUGAGGAGAGGACAACCUACUGUCGAAUUCAUCUUUGCGGCCACCGAUGAAGCAAUUUUUGUUCAUGCUAUAAUAACUGCCAAGCACAUUCGCAUGCUUUCAGCAAGUGACAUUGAUAGGGUCUUGAAGCACUCAUCUAAAGAUUCUGGCAAUAAACUUCCAGUUAUCGUUUCUCCUCAUGGAAUGCGUGGCUGGGUAACAGGAUGUUGCCCAAAUGAUCUCGUCAAGCAAGUUUAUGCAAGUGACCUAUUUGCUUGUAUUGCGCUCUCUCUUAAUAGUUCUGGCAACUCUAGGAUGCUGGAUGGUAUAAUUGGUUCAUUGAAGGAUGUUUCACAAGGGCCUGCAUUCCAGUUGAGGGGGCAGCAUUCGUGCGUGGAAGUUACACUUGGUUGCCCAAGAUCUGAGAGUGGUAAGGCAUUGCAAACAAAGUUGGGUGCAGGUAGCAGUCUACAGAAGCAUCAUGUCAUGGAAUCUCCGGCCACAGCACGAGGUGAUCACAGUGGUUUGCAAGACUACCUCUCAGCAAACGAGAAGAUAUUCAUCUAUCCGGUCGACGCUGUUGCUGUCCCUCUCUUACACACCUCAUUUGCUCGGUCUUCUCUCAGAAGAUUUUGGUUACAAAACUGGACAGGGCCAUCAAUGUCCGGUGCAGCUUUCUUUAUGCAUAGUGGGGGUAAUAUAGACAGCGCAGACAGUUGUUGGCUCGACUCUGGUGGAACACUUACACAUCAUGGCUACAAUAGUAGUAGCAACAGUAACAAUAGCAGCAUCAGCUCACUUAGCAGCAGUUCCAGUGAUAGUGAUUAUAAUAUGGCCGCAGAAGGUGGGGAUCUCGAUGCAGAUGCAGAUUCUUUGUCAUGCAGGCGAUCCGGUUUGUCUUCUAAUGAUCAGCUGGAGAAUGACCGGCAGAAACUGGGUUCUAAGCGCCCUCGGGCAGGAAUGGAGUCAUUUGGCCAAGUAGGUAGCAAGUCUGACUUUGGCUCCCUUGAGGUUAACACAUCAGUUAUUACUGGAGUUGAAAAUGAGCAGAAUGGAUCUCAUUGGGACUGGGAUGACGAGAGAGGCGUGGGCAUGGAUAUCCAAGCUCUUCUCUCUGAGUUUGGUGACUUUGGUGACUUCUUUGAGAAUGAUGCUUUACCUUUUGGAGAGCCCCCUGGAACUGCAGAGUCAGAGGCUCUAAUGUUUUCAGCUCCAGAUAUUGGAGAAGUUGGUAGCAGUCCUGUAGGGUCAAUGGAUGUUGAUCAAAUGCUUUUGCCUGUGGGUCUUCCAUCCUUUGAAAGCUUUAAUCCGACUCCCUCGAUGACCAUGGAUGAGUGUGUGAGCAAAAAUGAAGAUGUUACUCAUGGUGUUAUGACUAUAAGCUCAACAAACUACAGUCCACCCUCUUUUACGGGCGAGUUUGAUCAUUUAAUAAAGGCUGAAGCUCUUAUGACAUUUGCCCCAGAGUAUGGAGCAGUUGAAACGGCAACCAGCGAGGUAUCUUCUUCAGUGUUUAGAAGUCCAUAUUGCCCCAAGUCUCGUAGAGUAGAGAGCUCAAACUCAAAUUCAAGCAAUUACACAUAUGGUGCAACACCUCCGUUUUCUCCUUCUAUCAAUGGGUCAGAUGAGAAGAAUACCAGGCAUGCUACCCCAAAAGCAGGUAAUGAAAGGAGUGAUGCAAAGAAAUAUUACACUCAUGUGGAAGGUGGAAGAGAGCAACAUGGUAAAAAGUCAUCCAAGAUUGAAGGCAACACUGUUGCCGGGGAGCGAUUUGCACAAUCUUCUUUAUCUACUUUUAGUUCUUCAACCACUGCCAAGACCGUGCAGCUGAAGGUGAAUGAAGGUGUGCUAGGAUCAGACAGUUUUCUUCUUUCUAAGAAGACUGUGCUGGCAACUGAAGUUGAAUGCAUCUUGUUCCAAGCUUUGAUGUGUAGGGUACGUCAUACAUUGUCGUCUAAUCCAGUACCUAUAAAUUUGAGUAGGUCAGGUGGAGGAAAUUUGAAUCAGUUACAUGGUGAUGCAAGUGCUAUGACAGACAAUAUCUCUAGCAGGUAUGAAACGAAAAAGAAAGAAACAAUACCAGUCCGAAUAGCUGGUGAUGUUGACCGGGGAGUGUUAGAUAGCCACCUCAACGCACCUGUUGGUGUUUGGCGCACUGUAGGAGGUCCGAAAGUGACAAAACCUACCAGUGCUCCAAGUAUUGAAGUCAGCCCAUCCUUAUCCCAUCAUUCGCUUAGUGAGGAAGGAAUGCUCUCUUAUGGGCAAAGGCAUCCACUACAGGAGCUUCUUGAUGGGAUGGUCUUACUUAUUCAACAAGCUACUUCUGCUGUUGACUUGGCUCUAGAUUCAGAUUGUGGUGAUGGUCCUUAUGGCUGGCUUGCAUUACAAGAACAUUGGAGGCGUGGUUUCUGCUGUGGCCCUUCUAUGGUCCAUGCAGGCUGUGGAGGUACCUUGGCUGCUUCGCAUUCCUUGGACAUUGCUGGCACAGAGUUGGUAGAUCCACUAGCUGCAAAUAUUCACGCGUCUUCUGUUAUUAGUCUGCUGCAUACUGAAAUUAAAACAGCCUUAAAAUCUGCAUUUGGGAGUUUGGAUGGACCGUUGUCAGCUGCUGAUUGGUGCAAAGGUCGUAGUCUCUCCAGUGGUGGUUCAAAUAUAUGUGAUGGGCCUGUCAUUGAGUCUACUCCAAGUGAAUCUAGAGAUUCUUCCAGCUCCAUGGGAGAACCAAUGAGCCCAGCUCAGUCAUCCGCUGGUGGAUUAUCCGGUCUUAGAGGUAGUUUAAAUCUUGUUCAUGUGCUGUACAUUUAUGUUGUUCAGCAUAAUUCAGUACUCAACAAUGGUGCUAUUGAUACUGGUGCCAACUGCUGUAGAUGGAGCAAAGUAAAGAGAUUUAAACAUGGUAGGUACCAGGAUGACUGGCUUAAAGCUUCAGCAAGCUCAUUACAGCUUUGGGAAAAGGCACCUUUUGAACCAUAUGCUUCUCCAAAACCUAUUACUUAUUAUGUUGUCUGUCCAGACAUUGAUUCCCUUACAUCUGCUGCUGCUGAUUUUUUCCAACAACUUGGAACUGUUUACGAAGCAUGCAAGCUAGGGACACAUUCAGCUCAGAAUUUGGGAAACCAGAUGGAAAUUGACAGAGGGAAAUGGUUGGCUUCUGGCUUUGUGUUGCUCAACUGCCCUCAGUCGAUGAAGAUUGAAAGCAGCAAUGCAUCUCUUGUGGGGUCGAUAAGUGACUACUUCCUUUCCCUCUCCAAUGGUUGGGACUUGACUAGUUAUCUGAAGUCUCUUUCCAAAGCUAUUAAAUCUUUGAAACUUGGUCCAAGCUUACCAACACACCCAAAAGAAGGAAACAGCAGUCCUUGCUCGGUUAUCUAUGUGGUCUGUCCAUUCCCAGAACCUAUUGCAGUUUUACAAACUGUUGUGGAAUCUUGUGUUGCUCUUGGAUCAGUUGCUCUUCCAUUGGAUAGAGAUAGGAGAUCUAUAUUGCAGAGUCAGAUAGGAAAAGCAUUAAGCUGUUUGAUGGCAGUUGAUGAAGCAUCAGCAUCAAAUGUUCUAGUACUCCCAGGAUUCAGUAUCCCCAAAUUGGUAUUGCAGGUGGUGACAGUUGAUUCAAUCUUUAAGGUCACUGGUUCGGUCCUUAGUGAACUCACCAUACUUAAAGAGACCGCAUUCACCGUCUAUAACAAGGCACGCAGACUUUCUAAAGGAUCUCCUUAUGAUGUACAGUCAUCAUCGGUAUCUAGCAGGUCUCACUCAGCAAUGACACCACCUGUAGUUUCAAUUCCGUCAAUGUGGAAAGACUGUGUCGGUCCUCGAAUUGGAGGCCCUCCACUUCCUAGAGAGGCUGCUGAUAUUGAUGCCAGCUUGAGACCUGGAGCUUGGGACAACACUUGGCAGACAACAAGGGUUGUUGGAGGAUUGAACUGUGAUACCAACCGAAAUGGGGAUUUUUUCUCACUUCAAGAUGGGACUCGCUACAUGCUUGAACCACUCUUCAUUCUUUCAGAACCCGGUUCUCUGGAACAUGCUGUUUCACCUUCCUUCCAUAACACUGCAACCUCCGACUCUUCAAAAAUGUUAUCUGAUGAUGGUGGUGGGGAUGCUAGUUCGGGCUCUCAAAAUGAUGGAUCUCAGUCAGAUGGGUUUGGGUCUAACUAUCAGAAGGCUCUUCUUCCUAGUCUCCACUGCUGCUAUGGGUGGACUGAGGAUUGGCGUUGGCUAGUAUGCAUAUGGACAGAUGCAAGGGGAGAACUGCUCGACACCCAGAUAUUCCCUUUUGGUGGAAUUAGUAGUCGACAGGAUACAAAAGGUUUGCAAUGCCUUUUUGCGCAAGUUCUGCAACAAGGGUGUCAAUUACUGCAGGCCUGUUCUUCUCCUGAUUUUACUGUGAAGCCUCGAGAUUUUAUCAUUUCUCGAAUUGGAAAUUUCUUUGAGCUCGAGUACUUAGAGUGGCAGAAGGCCAUUUAUUCUGUUGGGGGAGCAGAGGUGAAGAAAUGGCCUGUGCAACUCCGACGUUCAAUGCCUGACGGAAUGCCUGGAAGCAACAAUGGAUCUUCCUUGCAGCAGCAACAGCAGCAGGAUAUGAGCUUGAUUCAAGAGAGAACCUUACCUUCAUCCCCCAGCCCGCUAUAUUCAAAGGCUUCUAGCUUCAUGAAAGGUAAUAAUUUGGGACAAUCUUCAGGGAGAAAGCAGCUUAUGGGCGGAGGGCAUACAUCAACAGUUGAUAGCUCUAGGGGGAUCCUCCAGUGGGUCCAGAGCAUCACUUUUGUCGCAGUCUCCAUCGAUCAUUCUUUGCAUCUUCUUUGUCAAGCAGAUUCAUCUUCCUCUGGAGGGACAACUCAAGGUGUUAACAGUAGCAGCACACCACCAGGAUCAGGAUAUGUAGAAGGUUUUACUCCAGUGAAGCCUCCAAGCUCUGCCUCAGCAGCUUACCUCCUAAUUCCAGCACCCAGCAUGCGUUUCCUCCCUUCAACCCCACUCCAGCUUCCCACAUGUCUCACGGCAGAAUCCCCACCAUUAGCUCAUCUCCUCCACAGCAAGGGCUACGCUAUCCCGCUCUCGACCGGCUUCGUCGUCUCGAAAGCCGUGCCUUCCGUGAGGAAAGACAUCAGGAGCAACUCGAGGGACGAGUGGCCUUCAGUCCUCUCAGUGAGCCUCAUCGACUCCUACGGUGGAGAUAGGGCCACAAUGAAGCAAGGAGUGAGGGAUAAUGGGGCGGAGUCCAACGUGAUUCUCGGGUCCGUUGCAGCCGAGCUUCAUGCCUUGUCAUGGAUGACGGUCAGCCCUGCAUACUUGGAGAGACGCUCUGCACUUCCGCAACAUUGUGACAUGGUUCUGAGACUCAGGAGACUGCUGCAUUUUGCUGAUAAAGAGCUGUCUUCACAACCAGAUAAGCCGUAGUUGAAGACUAACAAAUCCCUUACAAGCUGGCGAAUCCCUUGGUAUCGAUCGAGAGUGGCGAAAGGUUGGUCGUGGCGGGGAUUAGGGUGGUGUACCAUAGUGUAAUGACGUUCUUAUUUUGUACAUGGGUGAUUUGUAGCCUGUUUGGUAAGUUAAAACACAAUUUUCGUUAUUGGUAAAGCAGAAUUAGUGGUCAUGUGAUUUGGCUAUGUCAAUUGUAAAUUAGUAGAGUAGACUGGGGAUGGGGAGGGUCAGUUGCACUGUGUUGUUUAGAGUUGUAGCCCCAUUGUAUUAUGGUUGAGUCAGUUGGCGAUGAUCAGGUCGGAAUCGGAUGCCGAGAGACCCUUUGAUGGCAUAACACACAUGCAUGUCUGUCAGCCCUUAAGACGGUAAUUUUACGCCUAACGCAGAGCAAACACUUGUUCUUGCACUAGUUUUACGGCAAACGUUACUGUUAGCAGGGAAGGUUCAAGGUCCCAUGACCAGACCUGGUUUCUUUUCCUAAUUCUGAAUCAUCAAUCGACUAGCGU